AUGGACAAAAAGAGCUACCGUCUUCUGACUUUACGAAAUGGACUGGAAGUUCUGCUCAUCCAAAGCGAUGAUGGAUCAGUCUCUCAAUCCACUCUCCGUCCCAAAACUGAUCUCAUUGAUCACUUUAGUACUAGCAUGUCAGAAGACAUCGAACCUGUCAGUAUGGAGGAAGAAAAUAUAGGAAUGGACAAAAAAGCUUCAGCACAAGCAGCGGUAUGCCUGACUGUUAGUGUGGGUAGUCUGUCUGAUCCGAAAGAGUUACCGGGACUAGCGCACUUUUUAGAACACAUGGUGUUUUUGGGCAGCGAAACUUAUCCAGAAGAGGCCGCAUUCGAAGCCUACCUUGAUGCACACGGAGGUUCUUGCAAUGGGGCUACAGAGUGUGAAUCGACAAGAUUUGAAUUUGAUGUAGAUUCCGCCUAUUUAUUACCAGCACUGCACAUGUUUGCGAGUCUUAUUGUAGCUCCAUUAUUGCAACAUGAAGCUAUGGAGCGUGAGCUUAAAGCUAUUGAGUCUGAAUUUCAGCGGGUGCGAAACAGCAAUGUCGUCCGUUUGCAGCAAGUAAUGUGCUCGACGAGUAUUCAAGAACACCCUUUUUCACACUGCUUUACGUGGGGCAAUUUGGAAAGCCUUAAGCAUAGUCCAGAACGCAAUGGUGUCAAUGUUCGUGAGCACAUGUUGCAUCUUCAUAAAAGUCACUACGUGGCGCCAUACAUGAAAGUUUGUGUGUAUGGAACCGACUCACUAGACGUGUUACAACAGUUUGUCACACAAAUUUUCAGCAGCAUUCCAUGCCGUCGAGAUGAUUAUGAUAAGCCAUCAACAGAAAAGCUGGGAGUAACAUAUGGAGGCUGGGCCGAUCAAAAGCCGAUGCUAUUACGCGUUGUUCCAGUAGACGAAAAGUGCACCUUACAAUUAUAUUGGAUGCUUUCUCCAAUGAUGCAGAAUUAUCGACAAAAGCCUUGGCUUUACGUAGGCUGUUUAUUAGAGCACGGAGGUCCAAGUUCGAUAUCAUCGAUUUUAAAGCGAAAACAGUGGGCUACUGAUGUCAUCGCUGGCACUUCUGAUCAAGAUGGUUAUGAGUUUGGGUCUUUUGGAACGGUCUUUGAAAUUAGAGUGUCUCUAACCGACCGUGGCCUGGCUUGCUGGGAACAGAUUGCUCAAGUUAUUUUUGAUACGCUUCAUUUAUUUUCAGAUAUGGCAGCAAAUGGUAAAUUGCCUUCAUGGUUGUUUGAAGAGCUUCGUCUGUCUCGCGAAAUAGAGUUUCAAUUUCAAGAAGAUGACAAGGAACCCAUAGUACUUUGUCGUGAGCUAAGCAAAAGAAUGAUCUCUCACCUCAACAUUCAGCAAUGUUGCAAUGGGGAUCUGCUGCGUUAUGAAUUAAUACAAGGCGAAUUCGACACGGGUUCUGUGUGCGACCUGCUUACUAGUCUUACAGCUAAUAGUGUCCGCGUCGUCUUGAUGGCUCCUUCUUUUGCGAAAACACUCGAUGUGGAGGCACUUCAAACUGAAAGGUGGUUUGGAAUCAAGCACACUAUUGAAUCUAUUCGUGAUGCUAGUAUUGAAGCUUGGACUCGGAGCUCGAUACAGUCAAUAGAGCUGUUGCCACUACCAGCUCCAAAUCCUUUUAUGCCUCGGAGCUUUUACAUAUUGCCUGUUGAUCCAAGUAUUCACGCUAGUAUCGACAUUCCUCCAAAGUUAAUUGUUUCAACUUCAUCGACACAGCUCUGGUACAAAGGCAAUCAAACAUUUAUGGUGCCUAAGGCAUGUGUCAGCGUUCUCAUAACGCCACCUGUAUCAACGGCAACGAGUCAAAUGUUUAUUGAGCUACACUUAAAAUUGGUAAAACACCGCUUGCAGCAGAUUCUAGAACAUGCCUACAAUGCAACAUUUGAGGUUGAUUUAAGUGUCCGAGACGAAGCUAUUGAAGCCGUAUUUGCCGGAUUUAGCGACACUUUGCCGGAUCUUGUUCGUGCCGUGAUGCAAGAAGUUUUGUGUCCAUUUAAGGCUUUUGAGAAUGCGUCAGAAUUGACGCUUGUGCAAGGUGAACUUGAACGUGGUUACCGCAAGGAUGUAUUAUCCCCAAAAGCAAAAGCUAGCGAAAUACGUUUACAUAUGCUGGAGAAACGAGUCGUGACCACUGAAGACAAAUUAAAGGCGCUUCAAGAUAGAAAUGGCCAUGUAAUGGACCUUGCAGCAGAUCUUACACGUUUUCUUACGGAAAGUUUGUUGGGAUGCAUCGAUGGCAAAGCGGCAAUGCGGUGCCUCAUUAUCGGCAACAUGAGUCGCGAUGCUGCUAUUGAACUCGUGGAAGAUAUUCAGACUCUUCUAACGAGGAGGUCGACUGCCGUGAUACAAAGUGAGCCAGAACCGGAGCUUGGAACUGAAUUUCCAAUCGUAUCACGGAGAUACCAUACGAUCGCGCUACCAUUAACAGCCAAUGGACUUUUAAUACGUCGCGAAAGCCGAAGCGCCGGGGAACGAAAUUCUGUGGUUGAAGUAUAUUUCCAGAUUGGCAAGGUUUGUAUAGUAGACAGAGCGUACGCACUCUUAUUGCGAACUCUAUUGGCGCAACCACUUUAUAGUGAAAUGCGGACAAAACAACAAUUAGGAUAUCUGGCGACCUGCAUUUUUCGAGACACGCACGACGUGCUUGGGCUAAGUUUGAUUGUGCAGUCCGCUUCUCAUGCUGCUGGGGCCUUGGCAUUAAGGCUUGAUAAAUUUUUACACAAGGACUUUCCGCGCAAUUAUCUAGAGUCAGAAAAACAUCUCUCGCCGAAAAGCUUUGCAAGUUACGUACAGAGUCUCCAACGACUUUAUGCACGAUUUGAUUUGACGCUUGCCGAGCAAAGUGAGCGAUACUGGGAAGAAAUUGCUACUGGGCGUUUGAAAUUUGAUUUGGAUGCACAAGUUGCAAAUGCUUUGGCAAAUUGUACGCGUGAAGGUCUUCUCGCGAGGUAUCAAUGCUGGCUUCAAGGGAGUAGUAGCUGUUACGAUACAUGUCCAGUUUUCCUUCACGAAAAGUGCAAAACUCAGCACCACACAAAUAGAAGCCAUGGAUCACGAAAACUUCGAGUGCAUAUUGUAGGCCAAAGCAGUCCCAUUAAGCCAUUUGAACAGCUUGUUUCUCCUGCAAUGACCCCUUUGAUCAUAGCAAACGACAUGUUUGAAUUCAAACGCUCGCUAAAGUGCCAUUGCCACAAAGAUCCUUGA